UCUUACUCCCAAGUUCAACAAAGCUUACUAUUAGUUUCUUCAACCCUUUCUUCUACUUCAGUUCAACUUUCCUUUGUUGAAUUAGAGCCAAACACUAACAAUAUGUGGAAGAAACCUUCUUCCCUUUCAACCCUUUUCCUCUUUAUUUGGAUUGUGUUGGUUUCUAGUGCUGAAUCCGGAAUUGUGACUUACUGGGGUCAAAACUCAGGUGAAGGUACGUUGACUGAAGCAUGCAACUCUGGAUUAUAUGAAAUCAUCAACAUAGCGUUUCUUAAUAAAUUUGGAAACGGCCAAAGAAUAGAAAUGGAUCUAGCAGGUCACUGUGUGUAUCCCAAUUGCCAAAGGGUGAGUGAUGGCAUCAGAACUUGCCACGCCAAGAACAUCAAAGUCAUGCUUUCAAUUGGAGGUUUUAAGGGGAACUAUGUGUUGUCAUCUGCACAAGAUGCAAGGCAAGUGGCAGAUACCAUAUGGGACACCUUCUUGGGAGGACAAUCGAAUUCAAGGCCAUUAGGUGAUGCUGUGUUAGAUGGGGUGGAUUUUGACAUUGAAAGCGAAGGUCGUGGUGAUCCAGCAAACUAUGCUGAGCUUGCUAGGAGACUCUCUGAGCGCGGUAGUCAAGGAGGCAAGAAAGUGUUCCUUUCUGCUGCACCUCAGUGUCCAUUCCCUGAAUUACAAAAUCAACAAUAUAUUAGUAGAGCAUUAUCUACAGGGCUUUUUGACUACGUUUGGAUUCAAUUUUACAAUAACGCACAAGCACAAUGCCAAGUUGACUCAGGCAAUGGGUUUAAGAACUCAUGGAACCAAUGGACUUCAUCUAUAAGGGGAGGCAAGUUCUAUGUUGGACUUCCAGCUUCUCCAGACAAAGGAGCAGCUGGUGCUGGUUAUGUGCCACCAGAAACAGUUAUAAGUCAAGUGUUGCCUUUUGUCAAUAAAUCACCCAAAUAUGGAGGUGUUAUGCUCUGGGACAGGUAUUAUGACAAGUUAACUGGAUAUAGUGGCAAAAUUAAGGGCAAUGUUUGAAGCUUGCCCUAAAAGAUUAAGCCUUAAAUAGUAAAUAAAUAUAGGCUCUGAUGAGUUCAAGGGCUAAGGCAAUAAA